AUGGAAACUAACCACCUUUCCAUCGGCACCCUCUGGGUACCACUCCAACUCACUUCAUUGGCUGGUAUCAUUGUCAUCCAGCUCACCACCUCGUUUGGUCACCUCGUGCGUGGAAGGGUUUGGUAUGGCUUUAUGAUUUCAUUAGCCAUCUUCUCCCUCUCGACCUGUCUACUGUACAUUUCCGGUCAACGACCAACAAAUAAACAACAAGCACCGAACCAUCUUAUAUGCCUGGCACAAGCUGUCUUGAUGUAUUCAAUCGAGCCGUUAAGCUUCGCGAUGCUUCUGUCCCUUUUCAUCAAGGUAAAAUGCCUGACGACCACCAUUGAUACGCGGACUAACGAUUGGUUCUCCGAGCUUUAUUCGCAAAUCCGAUCUUCAACGCGUUCACAGAACCGCGAGACAUUGGAAAAACGAGCUGGCUCGCCUUUGCUCCUCAUCUUUCCCUACGGCUCUUGGUGUCUCCUGGUGAUCACUUAUAUAACAUUCGGUCUUCUCAAUCCCAGUAAAGUCAUAUUCGAUCAUGCUCAGAAUCUGUAUUGCGUUUUCGAUGAUCGUGUUAUCCGAACAUUUAACUGUAUCGUUUCCGGGAUCCUGUCACAGGCAAUAAUGAGUGUAGUUGGUAUGGUAGUAGUCCGCCUUGUGAUGAUCAACAACCAGUCCGCGCCUCAUGCUUUACCCUGUCUCAGAGAAUAUACCAUCCUCUUCAUUCGAUUCGCACUCAUCUGGAUCGGCAGUCUCGUUUCCGUGGUGAUCACUAUAAUAUUCGCCAUCCAGGAGAACACACCCCCCAUUUACCACGUUAUCGCUCAGGCUGGUGUGCCUUUGGUGGUAACAAUCGUGUUCGGGUCGCAAAAGGACGUUUGGCUGGUGUGGAGAGAUCUAGUUCGUGGAUUCUUGGGGAGACUAGGCAUAUUCAGAGCAGCACCGACUACGGUUCCCACUGAUUUGCACAAACACGAAGGAUGA